GAAAAAACCGUCGUCCCCACGUUUCCUCGCCAUUAAAAAAGCUCUCGGGCCCUCCCUCGGCCCAUUGCUUCACUCCACCACCAACCUCUCCUUUCCCAUCCUUCUCCUCCUUCAACCUCAACUUUCUGUUUCAUGUUCUCUGAUCGCGUCGAGAACCAGGAAAUAAGCAAGAGGAGAGGAAUGAGGAGGGAGGGCAGGCAGCACGGACUCGUUAGGAGCGUCAUCACAUCAUCGACCAGAAAUAGGGUCGUCAACAGGUUUGAUUCUCUUCCGACGGCCGGAAUGUUUCAAAAGGUUCCCUGCAAACCGACGAAUCACUCCAAGUUUACCGGCCCCAUGAGCUAUGCUGGGUAUCGAGCUUUGCCGGCUACCAAGUCCAGGGGAAAGGCCAAAGGCAACCACAAGUUGAAGUGCAACGAUGUAUCCAUGAAUCAAAAGUUCAUUGCGUGGAGGGUCAUGGACAAGCAGAGACAGUCCAAUUACAUCGGGUUGUCGGCGACCGAGAUCUUGGAUGGCCUGGUCAGAGAUGAUCCCAAUGAAUACGACGAGUACCAUUUGGAGGAGGAAGAAGGAGACGAGUUCAACGAUGAAAUCGCCUUAAAUGGUGGCGAAAUUGAAGCGCCGAAUGUUGUGGAUGUCGAUCAUGCUGUUGCCGGAGAAAGUGGUGAGCUUUUCGACGUUCAUGAUUAUGGUGAUGAUGAUGACGAUUAUGAUUUGGUAUUCUAUAAUGUUGAAAUUGAUUACGAAAACGAGGGAGAGGAAGGUUGGUACCUGGUGGAUGAAGAAAUGUGUUGAAGAAGGUUGCUACCCAGCAAUCAAAAUCCAGUUUGGGAAUAAAGAAGAAGCUGCCCUCAUCCAAAGUGUAUUUUGAGCAUGGUUGGGGGGACAGUAACACGACAGAUUAACACAAGUAGGGACCAAUUGUUAGUUAGGAAUUUCUUUCACCUGUACGGUUUGAUUCAGCGAUUGUUGAUCAUGUAGCAGUCUUCUGCUUUGUUUGAUUGUUUCACCUUCAUUCAUCGUUGGAAAAAUCUGAAAAGAAACUGUGACUUUGUUCUGAUUCCA